AUGGCUUUUGACCCAUUGGAGGAUCGUGAAGUGGAUCUUCAACCGGUUCAAGACGAGAUGGGAGCAAAUGAAAUGAUCACUCACGUGGAGACAUCUAAUGCAUGUUCAUCAUUGAACAUCAUGGCCGAAGACAGCCAGCAGUCAACGAAACGAAGUAAUCAUACGUGGACUGCGGAAGAGGAUAAAGUCCUUGUGGAAUGUCUCAUUGAUAUAGGGUCCAAUUUCAAAGGAGAUAAUGGUUUUAAACCUGUAUUUUCUGCGGCUAUAGAGAAGCUCAUGCAUCAAAGGAUACCUGGAUGUACCCUCAGAGGUAUCCCUCACAUCACAUCCUGGGUUAAGUUGUUAAAAAAUCACUACAAUGCGAUCGCUGAAAUGAUCGGCCCAAACGGUGGGAGUGGUUUUGGAUGGAACGAUAUCAAGAAGCAGAUAGAGGUGGAGAGGGAGAUAUUCAAUGAUUGGGUGACGAGCCACCCUAAUGCCAAGGGUCUGUUCAAUAAACCAUUCCCAUACUAUGAGAGCUUAGGAGCAGUCUUCGGAAAAGAUGUAGCAACUGAACUUAAUGUAGAGGAACCAGCAGAUACGGUUUACGAAAUGGAGUGA